AUGCAAAUAGAAAUAAAGUAAUAGCGAAAAGGAAGUAUUUUGUGUUUCCAAUUUACAUUUGCAUUCAUAAAUAAUACGUGUAUACAUUAUACUUUGUAUUACAAUUAACAUAAAUUUUAAGAUAGCAGAUACAUAAUCCUUGCCUUAUACGAUCUGAAACAUAUGCUUUAAUAAAUAGUCUACCAUUCAAACGCUUUACAUGUUUAUUUAUUACAUUAGAUUACAAAAAGAGUCACUUAAGGACACGUUAAGACUAUUUACAUUUCUUUAGAGGUACUGAUCUCGAACAAUUAAGAUUCAUAAAAUUUUACUUUUUUUUAUUUCAAUUGUAUAUCUCGACAAAGAGAAAGAGAAUCGUGUUAUUCUUGUUAUGGCAUUAACUCCGUUUUGCGUUAGGGAGGUUCUAGUGCGACCUUGACGCUUCGAAGAAAAUGCGAUUGCAAAAUUGAUUUCUAAAUAUAAAAAAAUCGAACGAGAGAAAAAGAAAAGCGGUAAAAAUCGCGUGACGUUGUUAAAAAAAUAUUCGAUUACGGAAAGAAGUAGAUUAUCCUCGGGUAAAACAUUGGGACUUGUGACGGAAGAAGAGGGCGCGCGCAUCGUGGCGCGUCGCCCUUACGAUUUCCGGUAAAGCCACGUGACCCAGCUAACGGUCGCUGUUGCCCUGAAGCGUCAUGGAAAAUUCCCAUUCCCGACCAACAAUCCUUCCCCUCCCUCCUCUAUGUACAUACCCCCUGCUCGCCCCUUCUCCUAGAGAGUCCCCACUAUGGCGUUGUCAGGUACUUAUGUACAUCCCCCACUCCUGUGCGAAAUUCUCCUUCCCCCACCACCUGGCCGGUGGUACCGGAUGUGCGGCAACGUCGCAACCGUUAAGUACAUAAGGACGAGUGGUAGGGGGACGGAGGGGGAUACGAGAAAGAACUGGCAACGUGUACCACAUUCAAAUCUGGACGGAACCCGGUCGGCCUCUCGGUUCACCUCCGCACAAAACAGCAGAAAACGCGGGCCGCGAGAGAAUUGCGUGCACAGUUGGAACGGGUGAUCGACAAACGUUUUCGCGCGAUCUAGUCCCGCGAUCUUUUUGUGCAAAACGUCGUGUCCCAUUGUCAAGUACACUUACAAAUAGAUUAACAAACAUAGAGAGCGUAUUUCGCGGCGCCCUCGCGCGACACGACCCUUUCGCUUUUCCCCCCCGUGCAGUGAGUAUUUCGCGCGCGCGCACGCAGUUUAAUGUAAAUGUCACGAGAACGAAGGGGUAGCGAGACCGCGUGGCGGAAGUGUUGUUUCGUGUGGUGGAAUUAUGUGCAUGGACAUUCAGGUUAACGAGAAGAAGAAGAUGAUGAAUGACAAGAAUCACGACGAAGACGUACAAGUCGUCGAAUGCCGAGUCACGAUAGGUUUUGAUAAAAUCGCCGUCAAACAAGAACUUCCCGAUGAGGCGGAAAUCCGAGAACUGGCGGCCAAAAUGGUGGAAGCAAACAAGGCGAAAAUGGUGACCGGGGUAGCGGGGCCACCGCAACAAAGGCCACCGCAGUGUCUCCUUCCGCAAUCGAAUCUUCCUGGCAUUUUAGGAUAUUUGAAUAAACGACCGGCCGAUUCGUCGACCGGUGCACCAACGAAACCCCUUCCCGCGGAAGGUAAAGUACCUCCAGACGACGAGAGUCAAAGAGGACGUUUCGGAUGGACGAGUUUCGACGACUGUCACAUACCGUACAUAUUUCGUUCCGGCGAGAAGUAUUGCGCCGUACGAAUUUUAGAAUCUAAGCUGCUGAACAAGUACCUGAGUUACCUGCACUCUGACAUCUACAGUUGCACGUGCAUAAGAAGUUAUUAUAUUACGGAGGCGGAGAGCAAGCUGUUCACCGAGAUAAACGUGAAACAUUGCGAGAAUCAAUUCGGUAGAGACCAAUUCACGUGUAAAGACUUGGUGGUUCGACUGUCAGACGCCAAGGAGUUUUACACCUUUUUGGACGUGUGUUACACGAAAUUAACGGCGGGAACGAAUCCCAACGUGUCUGGCGGCCACAAGGCCGAGAAAUGCGGAUUCAUUCGUAUAAACAAGGAAUCCGUGGUUCCCUACACGGUGAAGGAUGGUCUUCAAUACGUGCCGUUGUUUUACUUCGAGGGCGAGACAGAGAAUUUGAAACUGAAAGCGGAGAAGCUCGAAGGCUGGGACUUGUCGUAUUUGAAGUUUUGUUGCAAAGUACAGGGUAUUCGUAACGAACUGUUCGCAAGUGAGACAUGCUCGGUGAUUAGUUUGAAUGACAUUAAAAGUUACUUUCCUCCUGGUACGGGAUUCGAGGACUAUUGGCCGACUAAAGUUAUGGACUCUCAGUUGUUAGUGACUAGCAAAGGUAGUGGUACCGGUGGCGGAUGGACAAAACAACCGCCGACACCACCCGCGACGAAACCCGUUACCGUGCAAAAUAAUGUGAAUAAAGCACCAAUUGAUGCGCGUGUUGCUCCUAUACGUAAUAUAUUACCCCGUGGAUCGGUUUCUAAUGCGCCCCAAGUACAACAACAGCAGCGUGGUGUCGUCAACCAGCCGAGACCUGUUGUGACUACGCAUCCCGCGCAUUCGUCGCCGACGGCACUUCCUCCUGGCAGGCCGAAUAUCGUAACGCAACCGAUGUUGAACUCUGUGCAAAAUGUUAACGGUUGGACGGGGCUCGUUGGUGGUCAGCCCACUUUCCAAACAGCGCUCGUUUCUCAGGCGAAUUCCAUUAUACGAAUGCCCUCGACUUUAAACAUGCACAGUCAAAUGUCUACGCAACCAAAAAAUUAUUCCCAACAACCAACUAGAAGUAGAGGGGGUGGCGGCAGUGCAACAGCUCAGUAUCCUGGAGUAUACCCGGUUACGACUAUGCAGACUGUCGCUCAGGCCCAACCACCCCCUCUUGUCAGAGCAACAGUCCAUUCCAGUCAAUCUAAUCUUGGUUAUCCAACCUAUGGGAAGGAUGACUGGGUUACGUCUACGUAUACUACACCUAGUUUAGGUGUACCUAAUGCAGUCACUGCAAAUACAUACCCCCAAAUGCUUGGUUUAAGCGAACAAGUACAAGCUCUAAUGCCAUCGCCGACAUCUACAUUGUUGCACCAACAAAGGCAUACACCAUCCGUACAUAACGCAUCUCACACAAAAUACCCACCACCAUUAAUACCAGUUAAUGGUAACAAUAACAAUUCCAGGGAUUCGAGAGGUAGGAAACAAUUGAUAUCGAUACCGGAAACACAUGUAUCAACCUGUCAAGUUCAACCUUAUCAAAUUCAGAAAGCACUCGUCGAAGAUAAGAUGGUACCUUGUAUUAAUUUCAAGCCAUACAUUUACUCCGAAUUGUUGAUGACGCUCUCCGAUUUCGUCGCUCAGUAUUUUCCAGCCUGUGACAUCAAUGGUUGUCGACAGGUUAUUACUGAUGUCUUGCACAUAGAUUUAUAUCAAGGAAAUAGGUUACAAAUGAACAUGUUAAUGGAAGCUGGGAAGUGUUCGUCUUUGAACGAGGAGCUACCUUUAAUACAAGUAAAAAGUAUAAUGAAAUACAUGCCCCAAUUGAAGUACAUGUUCAAUAGAGGAGACAUGGUGAUUGCACCUGCACCAGCACAUUCCUCUGAGGAACACCCUGCCAAAAAGCGUCAACGCACCAGCUAGGACUGGCUACAGCCUUACUGGCCUACUUAUGAUUACUAUCACUCGGCAUUUUGAAAAAGCCGAUUACUUUGACUCGUGUGUAACAAAUCAGCAUUAUGUGCUCUAAGAAAACGCGAAAUAUAGAUGAAUCUAUACUGACGUCAUGUGCCAGAGAGUGCAUACAACUGAUGAUGAUUACCUUUUAUAUACAAGGGAUCCGUGACAUACUGCAAGCUACUUCUUUCUCCAAAGUGUAUCUAUGCGGCGAAAGUCUGCUUGUAAAUAAAACUGAGAUGUAUAAAACUAGCAUUGCACAGUUGGCAAUUCAAAUAUGCUUUUAUAUUAAGAUUAAUAACAAUUUUCUUUAAUAUUUCGUUCAGAACUCUAAGACGACAAGUGAAAGAAAAGCAAGAACAGAAAAUAUAAUUAUCAAGACCAUUCCUCAUUAUUUUUUUUUUUUUUCAUUUCAUUUCAUUUCAUUUCAUUUUUCUACCUCUGCUGCAGAGUAUCUUACGCGUAGUAUUUCUUUGUAAAUAAACUGAAAGUUCUAAUCGUAAUGUGAUUCGGAGAAAGAAAGUGCUAAUAUACGAUUCGUUAAUGGACAUGAAGUGCUGUAGGUGUAUUGUUUAAAAUUCACCUACAUAACAUGCUAAACGAAUAUCAAACAAAUUUGGCAUUUGUAUAUUUAAAGAGAUGGAAGUAAUGCUUCUCCAAGUUCCUAGCUAUCGCUAAUACGUAUCCUGAUAACUAGCUGCAAAAUAAUUUAAAAAUGUUAUUAAUUCACAACAAUGGUUUAAUAUAAAUUGUGACGUGAGUUUAUCAAGACUUAUUAGGUAAAUCAUCUUAAGUUUUGAAUCUUGGAAAAUUGUAUUUUCUAAAAUUCAGUUAUCAAGAACACCGUACACAGUGAUGUAUUUUAUUUUGUUCAGAUAUUGUCAGUGUUGUAAAUAUUUAAAUCAAUAAAAAGAAAAGAUGCAGCUUAGGAUACCAUUAAAAACACGAUACACAUUAACAAUCAAUGAGAUAUAUGUCACCAGUGUUUGCAAGAGAUUUUCAACUCUUUAUUACUUUACGAGUAUAAUCAUUCCAGAAAAUGUGCAAUUGAUUUUGCAUUGCUUUUAUUAGAAUCGAUAUGCUGUUCCUUUGUGUUAUGCUUAAUAAAAUAUUAAUUAUUUAACAAAUUCGUGGUUGAAGAAUCGUUUACGAAAGGUAAUUAACUGUUUCGCUAAUAUUUUAUUUUAUUUUUUUUUUUUUUUAAUUAGCGGAUUUCGUGAUGGUUAAGUAUUUAUCAAGAUCGAACAUAUCUCAUGAAUGUUAAUUUAAAAUUUUAAUGUAACACACUUUAUGACACUUUGCAAGUUCUUUGUAAAAAAAGACAAGAAAAGAAAAAUGAAAGAAACUAUUAUUGAGUCUUCAAACCUGACAGAUUGUGGAACAUAUAAAAAGCCGCCUGAGAUGGUCUUCCGUUAUAACCUACAAUUUCAUAUAGGUACAAAAGUUAAAGAUAUUUAUGUAAUAUAAUUUUCCAUAUUUACAAAAAAAAAAAAAACAUUCGCUGGAUGUUUUAUACUCUGUUUAAAAAAAAAAAAGUAGGGUACGACUAAUUAAUAAAAGCGAAAUCCUUUAUGGCGUAUUAAUACGCAGUUUCAACUGAUUCUGCUCUCAAAACAGAGGCUUAAAUUAGUAUUACUGACUGAUUAACUUUCACAUUCGCUAUUACUAUUACAUAAAAAAAAAACAACUAAGUAUGUAUAUAUGAAAAAAAAACGUGUAUGUAUAUAUGUAUGGAGAUAGAUAAUUAUAGUGAUAAAUUAAUGUUGACCAUCAUAGAUUUUCCAUAUAAGAGAAAGGCUUAGGCAUCCUGUUACGGUGGAAAUGGUAUAUUUUGUUAUUUAUAAAUUACAUUUAGUCAUAUCAUGACUUCAAAGAUUCUAUUGCCAUUGAAAAGACUAACAACUAUGGACUGGUGUCUAACUUUUUCUAACGUCGAGGCAAAUAAAAGUAAUACAAGAAAUUCGUACGCAAGAAAUAUUUCGAUAAUAUUUAUUUUUAGCAUCUUAUACGGCGCCUGAUUAAAAUUGUUGUAUUUUGUUUAAGGAAGAUAUCGAAUGGCACCGGUGUAUCAUUUAAUGUUUAACAAAAGCCGUUACAAUUUUAGGCACGUGUAACAUACUGUAGAUAUUUUAUUUAUAAAUGAAAUAAAAUAUCGGUAACGUUAAUUUUCGUUGUUACGUUAUUCUCAUAUAGCACACGCGUUGUUAUAAGUAAAUGCAAUUUUUUAAUGUACGAUUACUUGUGCUGAAGGCAUAAGCAACAAAUAAUAAAACAUAAAUACUAUGGAGGGCACGCGAACAUAAAUUCAUAAAGUAUGGAAGAAUUUCUUGAUUUAUUUUAUUAGCAAUUCCAGUACACACAAUACUGUACAGUAUCAAUUGCUUCGUGUUAAUACAAGGGUUAAGUAGAGUAAUGUAUUACACGUAUUACGUUUUGAGAAAAAGGAAAGUGAAACGUGGAUUUGUGGGCCCAGUCCAAAAAUUAGAACUUAAUUAUUUUUAGUAUGUUAGAUUAGAGCAUUUAUUUGUUAACACAUGUUAAAAUAAUGCGUGUAUUAUACUUUAUCACAUUAUCAUCUGUACAUAUAGUUCAUAAGAAUUAGAAAUACUAGACAUUUCAAAUAAAUUCAUGAUAUAAUUAA